AUGGCCGGAGCUGCCAUGAGGAUUUUCAAAAAAAUUCGCAGGAAGCGCCGUUCUCUUGUUCUAGAAGAAGAGCCGGAGAAGAAAACAUGGCAGGAGGCCUGGAGCCAGAGUAGUUGGGACACAAAAAGCUGCAGAUCUGAAGACACGUCACAGCCUUGCUGUAGUAAAGACCUGUUGGAUCAGAGUUCUUUCAUUAUCCAGCAUUGUUUUGAAACUCCCCGCUUGGUGGAACCUAUUCCUAACAUCACAGUGUACCAGGUUCAGCAGCCACUUAUUCUAGAGAAACAUUGGAGGCCUUUCGUGAAGGUGUUGGCUUGUAUAACACUAAUAUUCAUCGUGGGCAUCUUUUGGGGUUUUAUGUCUGGCCUUUGCACUUCUGAUAUUUUCAAGCAGAUCAUGAAGAUGCAAUUAAGUCGCCAGAAUGAGGCCCUUCAGCAGCAUCUCCACAAACAGAUUGGAUCUUUCCGUCAAAAAGUUGUAGGACUCCAGACUCUCGUAGAUGCCCUUGAAAAUAUCCAUGGACAUUGGGAGACCCAGAAGCAUAUAUUUGAGCAAGGGAGCAGCACGCAAAAUGAAAGCAGCCAUUUUUGGAAGAAAGACUACGCACUAAGCUCUGAAGGUGCCCAUGUCGUGAAAUUCAGCAACAGCUUUAACACAAGAGCACAAGUCUGUAUGUUGGGGUUCUGCUGGGAUUAUAUGCGGUCACCAAAUAUGAUUUUAGAGCGGGAUAAUACCCCUGGGAAUUGCUGGGCCAUGAAGGGAUCUCAAGGUUAUGUAGUCAUCAAAUUGUCUCAAGCUGUCUGUCCGACUUCAGUAGCCCUGGAACAUAUUUCAAAGACAGUUUCUCAUACAGAAGAGAUAACUAGUGCGCCACAGAAUUUUUCUGUCUAUGGAUUCAAAAAUGAUUUUGAGAAGGAAGAAGGACAAUUUUUGGGAUCAUUUGUCUACAAAGUGGAUAGAUUUCCUUUGCAAACAUUUAAAUUAGAGCAUCGGCAGCCCUCUGCAGGAAAAAAUGAUGAAACGAAGGUAGAAGUUAAAAUUAAAUACAACAUUCUUUGGCUGGCAGCUGACUAUAUUAUUGUUUCUCAUGAUGUAUCCAUUUUCAAGAUGUUUGGAGAGUGCCAGUUUGAAGAAAACUGCUUUAGUUUGAUUCUAAUUCAAACAGAUGGUUAAAUAUUCAACCCUCUUAACUUGUUUGUUAUCUUAAGAAGACAAUUAGAAAGGAAACAAAUAAAUGACCUAUGGUGAUUA